AUGCCCACCCUGCACGCAGCAAAGCGUGGGCGCAGCCAUAGCAGCGCUGUGAGGAUUCAGGAGAGUAAGUCGCACCGUUCUGCCUCGCCUCGCAACGGUAGCGAACACGGCAUCCACCCACGCCGCCCUGCAGCACGCGCGGCCGGCGCCGGCCACGAGCGCGGUUCACAUCUGCACACCUCUGGGGCGCUUCGGCUGAAGAAAGGGAAGACAAAGUACCACGAGAGGAAGUUCCGUGAACGACGGGACCCUCAACAGCAGUACCAGCACAGCGGUGCCUCGCGCGUCCACGCUGACCCGACGCGCGGCAAUGGCCACAAUGCUACUCGACCCCUUCGCACAGCGUGUUCCAACCGCACCAAGGACGUCGAUAUCCACCUCGCCGCCAAGAUAUCCGCUGAUCUGCGGGAAAGGAUUAACAUUUUCAAGACUCGUCGUGCCAACCACGAGAUCUUUGGCCGAGACCUCAACGAGCGCCUCUUCCGCUUCGUGCCGCCGCAGCUGAUUCAGCAGCACAUGCCAGAUUCAGUCUCAUCGUUUCGCACUUACCUGUCAAAGUUCCAGAAAGGGGCGCCGAGUAUGGUAAGCGCCUUUGCGUCGUGGUACGAGUGGGCCUCCUUUGAAGCGAACAAGGGCAAGACGUUUGCGAAGCCGCCUAGUAGCCGUGCUGCCACGGAGGCUGCGGAGGAGAGGGACGAAGAGGCCACCCCGGUGAAGGGGGAGACGAUGGUGGUCGGCGCGGAGGACAAGGGGGCAUUUGGCAAGAAGGUGAGCCAGACGCGUCAGGUCAUGUCGCAGACGUUGAAAGAGCGGGAGCACAUGCGGGCGUUGCUGCACAUGUGUCUGCGCCACAACGUCGAGAAGCGCAAGCAAGGCCAACACGCCUUCCUUAAUCACCUCAACGCAAAGCUGAGUGAGGACGACGUGGACACACGCAACCUUGAGCGCCUUCGCGGGUCAGUGCACCAUUCCGUUGUCUACGCUCUGUCGCGCCUACUGCUCGGCAUGGUGACGGACGACUUUGCCAUGCUAUGUCUCCACUGUCACGCCUUGUUCCUUGUCAUGCGGCAGACGAACAUUACCCCGGCUAUCGUCCUGGAGCUGAUGGACGAGGAAUUCACCUUGAGCACGCGUAUGAAGGCGGUGAAGCUUCGCCUCGAGUCGCGCUCUCACCGCCACGAUGACAAUGACGACGACGGCGGCGACGACGGUGACAUCGACCCCGACGACAUCAGCGACCCGACAAAGGGCGAGCGCAACCAGCGCUUGAUGGCGACUGUGUUCGGGCUUGGCGCUGUAGUAGCUUCACAGAAGGCCCUCAAGCCGUCCGAAGCAUCUUGGCUUGCUACAGUGCUCGCCUUUGCCUACGUGGAGCAAAAGGUGACUCGCGUACUCUCGGCAAACGUCCUGUUCGACGUGCUGGCGCAGCACAGCAACGUUUAUCAGCAGGAAGAAGCGUUGCAGUGGUUGACGUUUGCCUUCUUUCAUUACCCCAAGAUGGAAUACUUCCGGCCGGAGGCGAUACAACUCUUGCUGCGCCUCAUGGAGACUGACGCGAAGCCGCCAGCGCGUGCACUGCCCGCCACGGUCGAGGAGUACCUCACCCUCGACCCACUCAACCCCACCACAAUGGAGCAGAUCAGCAAUGCCCUGUUUCGCAAGGAGCAGGUGACCGCUUACCACCCGAUGAUGCACCCGGUGUGGCACGACAUCUUUCAGCUUGUUUUACGCCGCGUCGCCAUGGGUGAGUCGAUGAAGGAGCACCUUAGCACGAUCCUGCACAACGUAAUCGUGCCAUACCGCCGUGGUAGCGCUGAUGUCCCACGACGAGCGCUCUUCCAGAACCUCGUGACCGAGUUGGGUCACAUCGCGGUGCAGUCGGACGACGCCGAGCAGCGUAUGGAAGUACUGAAGCUGGCGAGCACGCAUGUUGGGUACGGCAAGCGCACGUCGGCGAAGCCGACGCCGAUGCAGGAGCUGAAGCAGAUGCCUGUCUCCGUCCUCCACCGUAAGGUUGAGGACCUCCUCCGGCAGUAUGCCAUGACUGUCGAUUCGGAUCCGGCAGCCGUGACGAACCGCACGUGGGUGCUACGUGAGCUGCGCAACUGCCUCUACGUGCCCGUGCGGGAAGGCGUCGAUCAUGCGUACGUGGAUAUCGCCGUGAUGCAGCUGCUCGAAUUUGGCCUGUUCCCUCCGCGGCACUCGCGUGACACGCUCAAUCAGAAUCGCUGUAUCUUCCUCUUUGCGGAUGUUCACUCCUUCACUUUCCACGGCUCGCUGACUCGCCCAAAGAGCUCUGUGGCAUUCACGACGAUCAUCAGUGCUUACCUCGCGGCAGAGGAGAAGUCGAAGACGCGCUACACCACGGCCGUCCAGCAGAGCGCCUUCCGUAAGGCUCGCAACCGAAUCGUGGAGGUUGUGGAGGCCGCUGAUGAGCAGCGGAGCGUUCUCUUCUACGAGUAUAGGGACAUGGAAAUUCUUCUGGUGUUGCUGUUUCUCAUGCUCAGCGUCGACGACCCUACGAAUAGCGACGCUGUGGUGAUAGCCAAGAGCGUUGUCCCAGACAUAGUGCAGUUCUACACCACCGGCACGCUGGAGACGCUCGACCUGUUCUUCGACGCCCUGAUGGCGCUUUUCAUGCGUACGAGUGCGCCGCUGCACGUGAUGCCGCUUAUGACGUGUGUGCGGCGCAUUGCCAUGGGUUUUAUCCUGAAGUUCGCCAAGUUUAUUCGGACAAGGAGCACGCUGGACAUUCUUCUGGCGCCGCUAAAGGAUGCAUACCACACGGACAGCCGCGAGCAGGCACGCCAGCGCAAGGCGAGGCAGGCGGCGGAGAACGAUGACGAUCAAAACUCGAGCGACGAGGAGGGCGACGAUGCUGAUGCUGCCUCUGACGAAGACGACGUGGGCGGCGACGACUACGGGGAGGCGGCCGAGGACGAUGCGAACAGCUCUGUUGUAGAAUCCUCCACGGAGGACGUCUCCGCCACUGCGAGUGAUGACAGCGACACAGAGACGGAGACGUCGGAGGAGAAAGAGGACAGGGAAGCAACGGCGGACGCGGUCGCCAAGGUGGAGUUGAACGAGACGUCGAGCGAGAGUGACGAGGAGGACGCCUUUGACGAGGAGGAGGCGCCGACGCAGCAGUACAUCGAUGCCCUGAAGGGCAUGGUUGGCGGCAUGGACCUCGAGCACAUGUACCCCACCGACACCGCAAACCAAAAGGCAGACGUGGUCCGUGCCAUCCGCCUCGCCACGCGUGUUGGUCUCGCUAUGCGCAGCGCCGAGGUGGUGCACGUCUUCCAGGUGCUGCUGGCGGUUGCCCGUGAGAAUGUGAAGACGGCGGACGACGUCGUCUUUCACAGCGUGGUCUCCUCGCUGGAGAUGUUGCUGCUCACCAAGAACCGGUACUUCGGCUCCUUUGUGAGGGCGAUGGAUCUAUUUCAGCUGCUUGGCGACAUCCAGAGCUACCUGCGCAAGCUCAGCCGGGUGCUGGUGAAUAAGGACAAGGUCAUGGCCAAGGCGGCCACGACGGCUCGUCGUCGCCUCGUCACGCUCAAAGGUGUCGCGCUGCGCGUGUUCCACUUUGUUGCGAUGCUGGCCAGCAAAAACCACGCCAAUGAGGAGGUGCGUAUUGUGCUGAACGAGUACUACAAGUCUGUAUUUUGCGACCGCGGGUGGGACACGAAAAAACUGUUGCCCGCGUUGAAGAAGGACCUCUACCACUACCGCCAAGGCUUUGCCUGGGCUCUGCUUCCUGCUGUGCUUGAGAAGAACGAGGAGGUGCUGCCCUUGGAAGGCGCGCAGCGCGUACGCGUCUUCACCGGCUGCUGUGUCUUUGUGGAGGCGAUGCUCCCGCGGCUCAGCGGGCUACCCGGCGAGUUGAAGCGCAGCGCUGGCGCUGCCAUCUGCGGCUUUAUACAGUCGGUUUCGGUGGCGCAGGUCUUUGCUAUGAAGCACACUCUUCCGUACAACUACCUCCACACAGUGAAGAUGGUGGUGCAGUACAACAGCCGUGUGCACCUCGACACCGCAUGGGUUGCGUCGGCGGUGAUCACGCCGGCGGUGGAUGACGACAACAUUUUGUUAUCUGCCGCCUCGAUUCGGCUGCUUGGCACGAUGGAACGCAUGCUAGGCCUCACCCCACGCGCGCGAGAGACGAAGGCGCCAUCGCCGGUGAAGGUGCUGUAUGAGCAGUUUGUGAAGCAAGGUGCAAAGGAGAAGAGCGAUUUCUACCGCCGCGCGAAGAAAGUACGCAGCCGCGUUCUCAAAGCCCUCUUGGCACACCGCAACGAUGACCCAACAGACGAAGAGCGCUCGUCAAAGCGGCGGCGCAAGGAGGAGCUAAAGAUCGAGGACCGCCUGCAGCGCCAGGUGCUUCGCAGCGCCCGCAGCAAAGCGCUCACAAAGGAGGAACGAGAGGAGAAGCGCAAGCGUAUAGUGAUGGCGAAGCAGGAGCGUAUCGCCAAGAAUCGUGAGCGCAAGCGUCGUCUACACGAAGCUCGGCAGCGCUCGUUCGAAAAGUGGCGUCAAGCGAAGCUCACGGCUGCGUUGCAGCUGGAUAACGCGGAUGAUUAA